CCAUCUGCCUCUCCGACAGCUCAUCCCGGUGUUUUGGUCGUGAUUUGGCGUUUCGGCACGGCGGCAGACGGCCAGAUCCCCUCUCCAGGACCACCUCAGCCCCGCACACCGGCGCGUGUCCACUUUCCGCGUGAUUUUUACGCGUGAAUGACGCGUGUUUUCGACGCUCUGGUGACCGCCGCACCUCCGCGUGAAUGGGAUCCCUAUAGUCGUCUCUUCCUGUCGCACCGACUUGUCUUCCGCACCAAUCCCCAAUUUCUUUCUUUUUGGUCUUCUUCUUUGUCUUUUUUUUUUUUUAAGUGUCGGGAUCUGCGAUCUUUGCGCGCGUGUGACCUUUUUUGUGAAUGAUUUGAUGAGACGUCCCGCUGUCUGAUCGAUCACCGCACAGCUCCAGCAGCCUGAUUCAGGGCUUUGGCUAUGGGGGGAUCCAAGAGCAAGCCCAAGGAUGGCGGCCAUCGAACCCGCAGCCCCGAUGUGCACCUUGGCUCUGGGGGAGAGGCGGGCAGCCACCACCUCGGCGCCCCCCAGCAGUCGCUGACACCCAACCGGAGCCCGGCUGUGGACGUGGGUCUCGGAGGGAACCAGUCCAUGGGCAACAACGCCGAGCUGUCGUUGUUCGGAGGCGUGGACAACAACAGCGUCGUCACCUCCCCGAACAGGAUGACGAUCGCAGGCGGCGUGACGACCUUUGUGGCUCUGUAUGACUACGAGUCCCGGACGGCCUCAGAUCUCUCCUUCAGGAAGGGCGAACGCCUCCAGAUAGUAAACAACACGAGGAAGGUGAACUACAGAGAAGGGGACUGGUGGCUGGCGCGCUCCCUGACCACUGGAAAAAGCGGUUAUAUCCCCAGCAAUUAUGUGGCUCCAUCUGACUCCAUCCAAGCAGAAGAUCACCUCACACUGACUGUAGAGUCCAGGUGGUACUUCGGCAAAAUCACACGGCGUGACUCAGAGAGGCUGCUGCUGAGCCUAGAGAACAGGAGGGGGACUUUCCUGGUGAGAGAGAGCGAAACCACCAAAGGUGCCUACUGUCUCUCCGUGUUGGACUAUGACAACACCAAAGGCCUGAACGUGAAGCACUAUAAGAUCAGGAAGCUGGACAGCGGAGGCUUCUACAUCACGUCACGCACGCAGUUCGGCACCCUGCAGCAGCUCGUCAACCAUUAUCGCAAGCACGCUGACGGACUGUGUCACAGUCUGACCGAGAUCUGCCCCGUGCUGAAGCCGCAGACUCAGGGCUUAGCCAAGGACGCCUGGGAGAUCCCCAGAGAGUCGCUGCGGCUCGACCUGAAGCUGGGGCAGGGCUGCUUUGGAGAAGUCUGGAUGGGAACGUGGAACGGUACAACGCGCGUUGCCAUAAAGACCCUGAAGCCGGGCACCAUGUCCCCCGAAGCCUUCCUGGAGGAGGCUCAGGUCAUGAAGAAGCUGAGGCACGAGAAGCUGGUUCAGCUGUACGCCGUGGUGUCCGAGGAGCCCAUCUACAUCGUGACUGAGUACAUGGGGCAAGGCAGCUUACUAGACUUCCUGAAAGGAGACAUGGGGAAGAUGCUCCGGCUGCCUCAGCUGGUGGACAUGGCCUCACAGAUUGCCUCUGGGAUGGCCUACGUGGAGAGGAUGAACUACGUGCACAGAGAUCUCCGAGCUGCUAACAUCCUGGUGGGAGAUAACCUGGUUUGCAAAGUGGCGGAUUUCGGUCUGGCUCGCCUCAUUGAGGAUAAUGAAUAUACUGCCCGGCAAGGGGCAAAGUUCCCCAUCAAGUGGACGGCUCCUGAAGCUGCGCUGUACGGCCGCUUCACCAUUAAAUCCGAUGUCUGGUCGUUUGGGAUCCUGCUAACGGAACUGGCCACCAAAGGCCGAGUGCCCUAUCCAGGGAUGGUGAACCGGGAGGUGCUGGACCAGGUGGAGCGCGGUUACAGGAUGCCGUGCCCAGCGGAGUGCCCCGAUUCCCUUCACGAGCUGAUGCUGACCUGCUGGAGGAAGGAACCCGAAGAGAGGCCCACCUUUGAGUACCUGCAGGGCUUCCUGGAGGAUUACUUCACCUCUACGGAGCCUCAGUACCAGCCGGGAGAGAACCUGUAACGACGUUUAUGUGCAUGCAGAGUCAGGAAGUGCAACAGCGACAUAACGGGGCAUGUGGAUCUGCUUCACGGCGCAUGGAAAAAUGUGCAGGAGCAGUGUGUUUUGUUUUCAUCCUGGGUACAAUCAGUGGGACAUUGAACCAAUCAGCAAAAUGCAGUCUUUCCAAAGUCAUGAUCAUUUCCUCCGAUGGACAAUUUUCAAGUGUUUUGGCUUCUUAUGCAUAACUUGAACAGGUACAAACCUUUUCUACCUUCCAUUUCUUUGUAAAGCGUCCGGUUACCUUCAUGCAUCCUUCCUGUGGUACUUCACCCCGUCUGCUGCACACCGGUACAAAAUACCGGAAUGAAUCUUGGAUACAAGUAUUUUCCUGCUGAAAAGACUUCUACAGGAUGUCUAUUUUUACUACUUUGAAAAAUAUUUACCCAAACUGUCUUCCAUAUUUCCCCUUUGAGAAGCAACUAUUUGGGACGGAUAGCAACUUCUUUGGAUAUUUCAGAUUGAACAUUUUCUUAUUACACCUGGAUCAACUGGAAAAAAAAAAUAAAUCACGCUUAUAUUUUAUAACUGUGCUUCCCUUGUGCAACACAAAGGCUAGUUUCCCAGCUGCUUGUGAGCAUCUGUACGAGACUGCGGACUCCUGGCGUCAUGUGCAGUCUGGAGUUCUUGGUUUUUGCCGUGAUCAGCUCAACACAAAGAAAAGAAGAGGCAGAGUCUGCCUGUCUAUUUUCUAUUUGUGACUUUUCGUACUAUAGACAAACGGCUACUGAUCACUAACGGUCUUCUCAGGAUGGCGUGGACAAGAAUUCUGCUGCUAGGAUUUUUGUGCCAAUGAAAAUAUCUUUCUUUCUUUUUUUUUUUUACUGUCUUUUACUGUGUGAAAAUGGAUUUUAAUACUCCAAACUUUUCUUAUGAGUCAAAGAAAGAGAGGCUCUGCGCCUGUGUACAGUAUCGACCGGUCUUCUUUGGUCUUCUGCUGAUUCUUUUCCAGGCACUCAAAUUAAAAUCAGGUGACUCUUCCUUUUAUCUUUGCUUUCAGCUCUGACCUUCAUUGAUGUGAAGAAUUUGAUUAAUCCAGCAUUGACAUUUCACUAAUUUGUGCAUCUUUUGAAGCACAACCUUACACUGGAGAUAAUUGCAUUAGGGACUCUGUGCUUUAUGCGGGGCGUGCCUCUCUCGGGCCUUCAGGGGUCAAACCACAAGGCUUUCCCAUCAGCACAUAGGCAUGUACAGCAAAACGACAACCACCACAAAAAUUGGCAUAUUGACAAGUAAUUGUAAAUAUCCUCAGUGCUAAUAUUUUGUAUAUAUAUCUUCAUAAUUUAUUCCUUUGAAAAUAACCCAUUUGUUUAUUUUGCCAUCAAUGUUCAGACAUCUUCAUGGUACUUUUUAUGGAUUGAGUCAAAC